UCCGCGCGCAGCACUCAUCAUGGCAGGUGGGAUUGCGCUGUUCUCGGAGAGCACCGGCGGGAGCAAGUAAUUUCUGGUGUAACAUAACUUAUUAAUUUCUCCGAAACUUCUAAUUUAAACUAAGAUUUUCCUAAUUCAUGCGUAGUUUAACUCAAAUAUGAGGAUAAUAUUGAAGUGUUCUAUUCCGAAAAGGUUAUGUUCUAGUGCUGGUUGACCCUCCUCAACCUAUGAUGAUCAUUAAAAUCGAUCAAUAUAGAAGACAGUUCGCUUUUCAAUGUUUCAAGUCUUUUUUUUUUCAGACGAUAAAAAAAAAUUAAUCAAAAAUUGAAACUGAAAAUAUUUUUGUGACAUAUUUUAUUUCAUUUGCCAUUUAAACCGUGAAUAUAUUUUUUUGAAAAUAAAAAUUUCACGUGCAAUUUUAAAGUUAUGUAAAAACUGAAAAAUGUUUUAUAAAACAAAGCGAACUGUCAAUUAAAAGAAGGACUAUUUAUUGACGAUUCUGAUCAAAGAGACGUGUUCUUUUGGAAUAUUUUCGUAGAAAAUAUGAAUGAAACACUUGAGGAGAUAGUGGAUAAAAUUUGGGUGCAUUGAAAACUAUGCAUCUGCAUUUUGAAAGGACUAAUUCCACUAGGACAGAUUGUGCUAUUUUAAGUUUAACAUGGAUGGGCAAAGUACCGGACGAUCUGCCGGACGAGGAUGGCUGGAAAUUAAAUCGUGUACACUACUAUCAAGACGGCUGGCUGGCCACAGGAAACGCAAGAAGCAUCGUUGGAGUGACAUUUACUUCUUGUCACAAUCGAAAAAUAGCUGAUUUACCCCUCAGAUCUAAUUACAAUCUUAGGGGACAUCGAGCUGAAAUAGUACUGGUGAAAUGGAAUGAGCCGUAUCAAAAACUAGCAUCAUGUGAUAAUACUGGAACUAUAUUUGUUUGGAUUAAAUAUGAAGGUCGAUGGUCUAUAGAACUGAUUAAUGAUCGUAGUAUUCAAGUCACAGAUUUUGCAUGGAGUCAUGAUGGCAGGAUGGCUCUUAUUUGCUAUCGGGAUGGAUUUGUUUUAGUUGGUUCAGUGUCCGGUCAAAGAUACUGGUCUUCGAUGCUCAACUUAGACCAUAGCAUCAGUUGUGGAAUAUGGACACCUGAUGAUCAAAAUGUCAUGUUUGGUACAUCUGGUGGCCAAAUAAUUAUUAUUGAUGUGCAUGGAACCAUUGUCGCUGAAGUUAAUCUACAAUCUGAAUCUCCAAUAGCUUCAAUGGCAUGGUCCUGUGAAAAAUUUAAAAUGGACGAAUCUUAUGAAGAUGACCGUCAUAGCUUUGCAUAUUCAAAUAAAUCUGAUGAGAAAAAUAGUUCUCCAACAAUUGAUAAACCCUCUGUCUUAGCUGUUUGUUUUACAAAUGGUACUAUUAAUUUAAUGAGAAGCUAUGAUGAUUUGCUACCAACUGUUAUUGAAACAAACCUUAAAGGCGUGAAAAUGGAAUGGGCUAACAGUGGAGAACUACUUGCUGUAGCUGGAAUGUCUGUUGAUUCAGCAGGAGGAAAUUUCAUUAACAUGCUGCAUUUUUAUAAUGACAAUGGUGUCUUACGCUUUCUUAUCCCAAUACCAUGCACUCAAAGCCCAGUCACAGCAUUGACAUGGGGUCAUAAUGAUAAACGGCUUUUUAUUGCAACUGGCUGUAUGAUCCAUGUUGGUUGGGUCACUCAAAAAAUAGCAUCCCUACAGCUAUUGGCUCGACUUGCUACUUAUGGUGCUCUACAAAGUGAUGCGUUGAUCCAACAGCUUCCCCUCCCACAGCGUCUGCGAGCUUUAAUUUCUCAUCUUACCAUGCAAACCAUUAAGUGUCACCUACCUGAUCCCCAUCAUCUACGAGAAUUUGUUUCUAAGCCUCCCUCUUGUGAUAUCCGCUUCCAUUGUACCAUGAUCCGUCAUGAGGAUGAUGAUAUGACUGGCAGUGCUACUUACACAAUGUUUUUAGAAUACCUAGGAGGCUUAGUACCUUUACUCAAGGGCAAGAGGGUCAGCAAGCUCAGGCCUGAGUUUGUCAUCUUUGACCCUCAAUCUCUAGAGCCAGGUCUACCUCAUCCCUUGUAUAGAAUAAAAAACUGUCAGCCAUACUCAUAUCCUCCUGCACAGUUGAACACUUGCUUGGCUAUUGUUCCUGUGUACAUUCCAUCUUCUUCUUCAGAUAGUGAUGUUGAAGAAGGCUGUGCAUCUCCACGAAUGCAGAGGCGUAAAAGGGCACGGCGACAUAUUCAUGGAAGGACUGAAACUACAUGGCGUGAAAUUAUGUACAUUGAUGAAUUGCCUGAGAGUGAAAAAAUUGUGUCAGUUACAUCCAACAUUUGGGGUACAAAAUUUAAAAUUCUUGGACUAGUUCCAUGGCUACCUGCAAUACUUGGUACUAUCACCUACCGCACUAGUUUACUUCAUCUUCAACCCAGGCAGAUGACUUUGUUGAUGAAAGAAUUAAGAGGGCCACAACCUCGUGAGUUCUGCCCACCAACUGAUUCUGCAAAAGCAACAUCGUCUGUAGUUUUCUCUGAAGACGAAGAUGAUCCAGGAGAUGCCAAUUAUGAAGAUAGUAUUCCUAUAGCUCCAAUGACACCAAAGAAGCAGCAGAGAAAUACUACUUAUCGAUGUCAUUUGAAUCAAGAACGAGAACAAAAUGGUGUGUUUGCAGGUUGUAGCAACGGAGAUUAUGUGAACUUUAUUCCAUCUGAAGAAUUUUUAACUUUUGAAAUCACAGGAGAGAAAGGUGUUCAUGUCAUUAGUCUUCAGAGGGCAGAAAACAGUAGUGUAGUAUCUGUUGCUACACAGACUAGUGUAUCAUGCGUGCCAGAUUUAGAGCCAAAUGUUUUGCAGUAUCCUAUUCCAUCCAGCUCAAACGGCUCAGGGUUCAGGUUUCUCAAUAAAAGCUUGUGGAAGAAACCUGAAGAAUCAAAGUCUUCUAAUCAAACUUCUUCAAACUGCAAAUCCAUUGAGUCAUCAUUUGUUGCCAGUUCUUUAACUUUGGACCUUUCUGACGAUCUAAAUGGUGCAAGCAGUGACUCAUCAAAAGAACAAUCUGCACAAAACAGCCUUUCUGAAAAUGAAAAUUCUAAUGUAUCUUCUCAAUCAACGUCUAGCAAUUCAGUAGAUGGUAAAAGUAUUCCAUGUUAUACUGUAGUACCAUGCGUUUCUCAAGGUUUGAUUUUAGAUAAUUCUUAUAGAAGUAGCUUACAGUCGCCUUUAUCUACUCGAAGAAUUGUAGAAAUCAGUAACAGUUCUUGUAAUACUCCAAAAGCUACAUCCAACAUGCCAUUGCCAAUCCAGAGUUUACAAAAUAGUGAAUCUCCUUUUAUGUUGGAAGCAUCUAAUCAUACUCUACAAGGAGAGUCUUCACACAAUCAGGACUCAUUUGUAAAUUGUAUUUCGAGAAAGAACAUUGAUAUGAAAUUUAUUGAUGACCCAGAAACCCCAUGUUGUGAGAAGGUGCCAUUCCCUAACAGUCAAAGUUCCUCAUUGUUUGUGAAUAGAAGUCAUAGCGCCAAUCAGCUGCAUGCUGCCGAGUUCACUAAUGUUCGUGAGCAGAGUGGCAAAUCAUUCAAAGAGUCACGCCGGCGACUGACUUUAAAACCAAAGCCACCUUGUGGUAAAAUGCAUUGCCACGAUUGUAAUGAUAGUGAAAAGCCCUGUGAUAGCCAGUCAUGUGAUACAAAUGGGAUUUCAGUUGGCGAAGAGGGUUUUUAUGAUCUGGCAUGUUCAUGCCCUGUUGAAAAGAAACCUGCUCUUGCAAGCACACAUGCACCUAAGGAAACUGUUUCUAAUCAAAAGAGUGUCAUGCGGAAAGAAUUUCAUAGUUGCGAGGAUGUAAAUAAAAUCUCUGAGAAUGUGCGGAAAUUGAAAGGGUUUAAAAAGCCGGAGUUGGUUGUAGCAAAAUCAGAAAACUCAAGCCCCGUCCGACAUCGACAUAAUGUGCCAACUGAAGUAACAGAUCUCGCAACUACGUCCUUUUUGCAUGAGCACCGUGCCAGUUUCCCUCAAGCAGAUGACACAAGCGAAAUGUCAGAUUCUUCUACUACUGUUAGUCGAAGCAUUCCGUCUUCACCAGUAGUGACUCGCAAGAAAAAUACACGCCGCGGCUUGUUAUACAGUCCCUUAUUGUUAAGGAAAAUGAGGCGCCAAAAGCUUGUUGAUAGCUCUGAUGAAGAUAGUGCUUUUAGUGGAGAUGAUAUGCCUGGUGAAAAUUUUAAAGAUUUAGAAAGUUUCCAAAAAGCAUAUAUUCGUAGAAAGCUGAAAAAAAGGUGUGGAAGAAUAGUCACUGAUACUGUUCCGGCCAAUAGCAAUCUGCCUCCUUAUCGAGAGUUCGUCCUUCAUAAUAAAGCCCCCAUGUGGAAUGACAUUAGUCAAGUGUAUCAGCUAGACUUCGGUGGACGAGUGACGCAAGAAUCUGCAAAAAAUUUUCAGAUUGAAUUUCAUGGUAGACAAGUAAUGCAAUUUGGAAGAAUUGAUGGUAAUGCAUACACUCUUGACUUUCAAUAUCCAUUUUGUGCCCUCCAAGCAUUUGCUGUUGCUCUUGCCAAUGUGACUCAGCGUCUGAAGUAGUUAUGUUUGGACAUCAUCAAUGCAUCAACUUGAAGAUUCAUCUCCUUUCUGCUGUGUAUUAACAAUCUUUAUCAGGCUAUUUCUGAUUACUAAUAAUUUUUUUUUAUAAAUUAUCAACACAUGGGAUUCUAGAAAACAUAUUUAAAGUUCAAGAAUAACAUAAUGAUGUUUUAUCAUUCAACUGUAUUUUUAAUUUUUUUUUUUUUUUUUUAGAAGUUUAAAGUGAUGUAUCAAUAAUAACCGCAAUAUUUAAGGUGUAAAUUAUUUUAUGGUUUGCAAGGUAAGGAGUUGUUCUAGUCACUUUUGAAAUAAUUUUAGUUCUCAGAGUUUUUUUUUUUUUAAUAUUUGCUGUUUUAUAUGACUUUUAAUUUAAAUCUCACAUUUUUGUGUUUUCAUAAGUUUAUUAAUUGAAUGGCUAUUACCUAUUCAUCCGAAAAUAUUUCUCAUCAUUCUUAGAGGUAAAUAAUUAAUAGCCAAUUUUGUCAAUAUAAAGCAAAUAAUUUCUAAAGCAUAUUGUAAGUUUCUACUUCUUGAAGCAAAUGAAUCCUUUGAUCCUACUUAGAGUAUACUUCUAGACAUAUAAAGUUUUGAAUAUAUCUAUUUUAUUUUUAUUUUUUAACUUUUCCUGUUAAAUUGAUUUUUUUUAAUAUUUGUUGAGGAAAAAUAAAAUAUAAUUAAUUUCUAAAUGACAAUACAUUUAUCGAACAUUAUAAUAUUAAUUUUAAAAAGACUGUUAUAAAUAAUGUUAUAUGAAAUUACUUUAUGUAGCGUUUAGAAUCUAAUAUAUAUGUUUUGUUUGAGUGCUUGUUAAAAAAAUGUCAUCAGUUAUUGCAAUUACUUUUC